GCUGAACUUAGAUCAGCUACUGUGUUUCCAUAGUGGACACUUCUUCAGUUAUGGGUUGUGGCAAGGAUUGCUACAGUAGUUGUCUCCACUGUCUUUUUGAUUACGAGACACCUGUAACUCUGGUUGUUAGUAGCAAAAGAGUGGGAGCCCUCUUCAGAUUGAUCCAGAUAUUGAUCAUCACUUAUGUUGCUGUGUACGUUUGCUGGGUGCAGCAGGCUUACCAGGACACUGACUCAGUGAUCAGUUCAGUGAGCAUGAAGGUGAAAGGAAACAUUCUGACCAAUUCAUCCAUUGAGGGGGUUCAUGUUUGGGACGUGGCUGAAUAUGUCAUCCCACCCCAGGGUGAAAACUCUUUCUUUGUGUUAACAAAUAUGAUUUUCACACCUAAUCAGACACAGAGCAGCUGUCCUGAGGUUCCAAGUGAAUUCACUGUCUGUGAGUCUGACAGUGAUUGCAAAGAGGGACUCAGUGAAGUCCAUGGCAAUGGUGUUCAGACUGGCCGAUGUGUAAAAUACUCUGAAAGCAUCAAAACGUGCGAGGUGCUUUCAUGGUGUCCACUUGAAAAUGACACCAUAAUUCCAGAUCCUGCUUUGCUAGGUGCUGCAGAAGACUUAACAGUGCUCAUCAAAAAUAACAUACAAUAUCCCAAGUUCGAUUUCAGAAAGCGAAACAUUCUGCCUCACAUCAACUCCACAUACUUAAAUCACUGCACCUUUAAUCGUAAAACAGACCCAGACUGUCCUAUUUUCCGUCUGGGGGACAUUGUGUCUGAGGCAGGAGCAAUCUUCAGUGUCAUGGCUGUUAAAGGUGGUGUUAUAGGGAUUUUCAUUGACUGGAGUUGUGACUUGGACUUUCCAGCGUACUUUUGUGUACCAAAAUAUUCUUUCAGCAGACUGGACAAUAAAAACCUUGAAAAUAAUGUUGCCCCUGGCUACAAUUUCCGAUUUGCAAAAUUUUUUAAAAACAGUGAAAAUAUCGAAACACGGACAUUGAUAAAGGGCUAUGGAAUCCGCUUCGAGGUCAUAGUUUUCGGCAAGUCUGGUAAAUUCAGCAUUGUGCCCACUAUUGUAAAUAUUGGGGCCACUCUCUCCUUUCUUAGUCUGGUGAAUGCUGUUUGUGACUGGUUCAUGCUUACUUUCAUGAAGGACAGUGACUACUAUGCCAAACACAAAUUUAUCCAUCUGAACCAAAAAAGUGAUAGUGGUGUGCCGUUGAGCUCUGUUGAGACAACCUCAUAUGGGACUCAGUGAUGCUGUGAAUUGGAUGUUUCAAUGGAAUGGACACCUUCAUCGCACGUAAAACCAUCACAAUUACAAUCAAUGUGUUCUGGUGCCUUAUAAAACGUAUAAAUUUCAUAGGAGUAGUUGACACAUAACAUGCCCAUUCACUUUUUUAAUCAAAGAUUUUAGGAUAACUGGUCACCAUUACUUUAUCAACGUUUUUUAAUCAACUAGUUUAUUUUAAAUGGUUGUGCAGUGUAACAAAAUAAAUAAAUAAAUAAAUAAAAUUAAACAAGUACAGAAUAUUCCAGGAAGCCUCUCAAGUUAAUGAGGUCAUGAAACUGCAUGCAUGAUAAUUGUAAAAUAAAGAGAAAACUGCUGUUUAAAAUCAUUUUAACUAGUGUGUAUUCUGCAGGACAACUUCUCAAAGUACUUCAUGUCAACUACCCAGAUACCAAACUUUAUACAUUUCAUAUAUUUUAUAAAUUACAGUAUAAGUAUCAAUAUUUAAUAACACUCCAAAUCAUUGAUAAACCAAACGGUUGUACAUGCUCAAGCUCUAGCAGGGUUCCCACUCUUUUCAAGGCACAAUUUUCCAGGACAUUUCCAGGACAUUUUAUGCACCCAACAAGUGUAAAAUCUAAAAAAAAAAAACAUGCGCCCAUAUUAAUUGAGCUUUUAUUUUGGCGUUUCUGUGUUUUGACGGUAGUUUCUCACCUCCAGAUAAGCAGUUUCCUCUAUGGCCUUGUGUGAUUAUUAAUCCCUGUAAAGUUGUAAUUCAGUUAAAUAAAUACAUAGUCUGUAUGUGCUGCACACUUCAGAGUGCUCACUGUCUUUGUCAUGUCACACACACAAGAGCACACAUUACGAUCAUGAUGAGGU